UUUGAUAUCAACUUGGGGUCUCUCGUGAGCAAUCGCUCUGCCACCACUCCUAGUACCGCGUGCUCUGUAGCCUUUUUAGCCUCUGCGCGUUUGUUUAAACGUUGAAAAUGGCAUUCUAGAACAGUAGAAAUCCCCCAUUUUCUUCGAUUUUUUCUCACUUCCAUUCUUCAUGUUGCUUCCAAUGUCGAAGACCCAUCUCCAUGGAAAUGGGUUUCUUCUUGCUGUGCUUUUGAUUCCUCUCUGUUUCCCCUUUUCCAUGGCGGACAGCUCCGACCCUUUGAAGCUUACGUUCAAUGGCCCUGCUAAACACUGGACUGAUGCCAUUCCUAUUGGGAAUGGGCGGCUUGGCGCGAUGGUUUGGGGCGGUGUUGACACUGAGAUUCUUCAGCUCAAUGAGGAUACUCUUUGGACGGGAAUUCCUGCGGACUAUACCAAUUCGGAUGCGCCCGUUGCGUUACGAGAGGUUCGAAAGCUCGUCGACGAUGGAAAAUAUGCCGAAGCGACCGAAGCUGCGGUCAAGCUAUCAGGAAAGCCGUCUGAUGUUUAUCAACUCUUGGGUGAUAUCAAGCUCGAGUUUGAUGAUUCGCAUCAGUUGUAUAUCUCGGAGACUUAUCGUCGAGAAUUGGACUUGAAUACAGCCACAGCACGAGUGAAGUACUCUGUGGGUGAUGUAGAAUUUACAAGGGAGCAUUUUGCGUCUAGUCCGGAUCAAGCGAUUAUAACCAAAAUCUCUGCGAGCAAACCAGGGUCUUUGUCGUUCAUAGUGUCGAUGGAUAGCAAGUUACAUCAUAGCUCGCGUGUAAUCGAUGGUCAAAAUCUGAUCAUGCUUCAAGGAAGCUGUCGAGGCGUGAGGAUCCCUCCGAAAAUGGAUUUGGACGAACAUCCCAAGGGAAUUCAAUAUUCUGCAGUUCUUAGUUUACAGGUCAGUGAUGGCAGUGGAGUAGUACACGAUUUAAACGAAAAGAAGUUAAAGGUUAAUGGCUCGGAUUGGGCUAUCUUGCGUCUGGUGGCUUCGUCUUCGUUUAAAGGGCCAUUUACAAACCCUUCAUUGUCUGGGAAGGAUCCUUCUUCGGAGUCGCUUGCUACAAUGGAGAAGAUUAAAAACAUGUCGUAUCAGGAUCUUUACGCCCGACAUUUGAAUGACUACCAGAGUCUUUUUCACCGUGUUUCGUUGCAUCUUUCAAAGAGCUCUAAGAAUGAAUCUUCUUCAACUAGCUCUGGAGGAAAGGAAGGUCGAGUAGCGUCUACUGCAGCGAGAGUAAAAUCUUUUAAGAUCGAUGAAGAUCCAUCCAUGAUAGAACUGCUAUUCCAAUAUAGUCGAUAUCUACUUAUCUCUUGUUCACGGCCUGGAACUCAGGUGGCUAACCUUCAGGGUAUAUGGAACAAGAACAUCGAACCGGCAUGGGAUGGUGCUCCGCACUUGAACAUUAAUCUCCAAAUGAACUAUUGGCCAGCCCUUCCCUGCAACCUUAGGGAGUGCCAGGAGCCAUUGUUUGAUUUCACUAACUUCUUGUCUGUCAAUGGACGCAAGACUGCAAAAGUGAACUAUGAAGCUAGUGGUUGGGUGGCUCAUCAAGUGUCGGAUAUUUGGGCGAAAAGCUCUCCCGAUCGAGGACAGGCUGUUUGGGCUCUAUGGCCAAUGGGUGGAGCAUGGCUUUGUACUCAUCUGUGGGAGCAUUACACUUACACAAUGGACAAAAAUUUCUUAAAAAACAAGGCAUAUCCUCUGAUGGAAGGAUGCACGUCGUUUUUGUUGGAUUGGCUAAUCGAAGGCAAGGACGGAUAUUUGGAAACGAACCCAUCAACAUCCCCGGAGCACAUGUUUAUAGCUCCUGAUGGCAAACCUGCUAGUGUAAGCUAUUCGACAACAAUGGAUAUCGCUAUCAUAAAAGAGGUGUUCUCAUCCAUCGUAUCCGCUGCAGAGAUUCUGGGUAAAAGCAAGGAUGCUAUUAUCAACAAGGUCCGGAUGGCUCAAUCUAGGCUCUUACCUUACAAGAUAGCUAGAGAUGGUUCACUUAUGGAAUGGGCUCUUGACUUUGAGGACCGAGAAGUGCAUCAUCGACAUGUAUCGCACCUGUUCGGGCUGUAUCCAGGACACACUAUAACUGUCGAGAAAACUCCCAACGUUUCGAAAGCUGCAGAUAAUACUCUUCAUAAAAGAGGAGAGGAGGGUCCAGGAUGGUCCACAGCAUGGAAAAUCGCUCUAUGGGCUCGUCUUCAGAACAGCGAGCACGCGUACCAAAUGGUCAAGCAUUUGUUCGAUCUCGUGGACCCAGAUCAUGAAAGUGAUUACGAAGGCGGGCUAUACAGCAACUUGUUCACUGCUCACCCUCCUUUCCAAAUAGACGCUAACUUCGGAUUCUCGGCCGCCAUUGCCGAAAUGCUAGUCCAGAGCAGCAUGAACGAUCUGUACUUACUUCCCGCUCUUCCCCGCGACGUCUGGCCCUACGGUUGCGUUAAAGGAUUGAAGGCACGGGGUGGCUUGACAGUGAACGUCUGCUGGACGGGGGGAGAUCUGAACGAAGUCGGUGUUUGGUCGUCGGAGCAAAUUUCGCUUACGACGUUACACUACAGAGGGACUAAAGUUGCAGCAAAUUUAACAUCUGGGAAAGUUUACACUUUCAAUAAGCUGUUGAAAUGUGUUGGAACAUACUCUCUACCAAAAUGAUGAGAUACUCAGCCACACAAAAGCUUCUUCUGCUCACCAUUUCAUUUUGUUAUUCAUACAAUGAUUGUUAAUCAAUUAUUUAUUACCACUUUUUUUUUAUACUAUGUUUUUGAUAAUUUACUAUUUGUAAUGAAAUGAAGAUCUUGCCCA